CCUAAAAGGUGCAUAUCGCAUUUACUAGGGCUUACCAAAGCCAACGGCCAUCACUCCAGUCUCCACCUAAAACUAAACACCCACUUCCUCUCCCUUGAGCCCCAUAACCUCUCUUUUUCCACUUUAAAACGCUCCCGUCUCCCACUGAACCACCAAAAAAAAACCACUUCGAAAUGUCGAACAAGUCACCCAUUUUUCCGAUGCCGGAGCCCCAACACUUCAGCGACUACGGCUUUGACCCCCAAAUCGACUAUUUCCAGGUCCUUGAAGAAGCUAGAAGGCACAAGCGUGACGGAACGAGAUCCAUAGACUCGAUUCACUUCAAGCUCCAGAAGCCCAUUUCCAAGGACGACCACUACUCCAAGAAGCCUCACAAGAAGAAGCGCUGGUGGAAAAGCGCUUUGCUUUUCUUCAAAUGGGGCUGGACCCACCACCACCACCACGACUCGGCCCACCGCCACAACCGCCGUGGUGACCGGGAGGACGUGCACCAGGCCAGGGCCAUGGCUUUCCGGGCUUCCAUUUCCGGGCCGGUUUAUAUCACAGAAAGCAGGAGCGGGUCGAGCACACCGUACCGGACAGCGAGCCGGCCGUCGUCGGGACCGCUGGCCGGGACUAUGUCGCCGGUGAGUAAGGGAGAGAUGGAGAUUCCGUAUCUGAGCCUGAGGGAGCUUAACAUGGAGCAGCAACAGAGGGUGUCUACCUCAUCAGCCAUGCCCAUUUACUUGGUUACUUGAUAAGUAUUCUGGCCUUUUGGGGUUAGUUUAUUAUGUUCUUGGUCUCAGCGCUCACAAGAGGCCAUUAUAGGAGCCAAUCUCUUCGGCUGGCAACAACCUAUUUGUCACCAUUAUUGUUUAGCUGAAAAGCCUGGAAUCCUGGAUUGUAAUUUGUAAGGAUUAAGAGACUCUAUAACUUGCAAUCUAAGUAAAUGUUUUCAGUGCUGGUUUGUAAUCUAGCGGAUAGGGCUCAUGUAAAGAGCUAUCAAGUGCAUUUUCAAAAGUAACAA